AUUCAUUGCGGGGGCAUUGGUAACCUUGAAAAGCCCACCCUCGAAGCGCGCCACUCCACUUUGGUCCGUCGAAUCUAUCGUCGAGUUCGCUUUUCAGUUUCCGGCCGCCGUAAGUCGCGCGUUCGGUGAUGAUCGAGCGGGGCCGGUCGCUUGAACGAGUCGCGAGCACCGCCAGCGCGUCUGUUUUCGCGACGAUUCUCGGCGACGCGAUAGGAAACCGUGGCUGGGGAAGCUCGUGGCUGAAACGAGAUGCGUCUCGCCUGAUAGUCGAAGUCGUAGUUGAAGUGUCACUGUGAGAGGAAAGCGACUCUUUAAAGAGGGUUUUGUGGUAACGCCAGGUAGGUCGUCGUGUCGGCGAGUUACAGGUUAUACGUGACGACGAUCGCUGACGUACCUCCUCCGACGAAGAAACCGGAUGUCAUCCGCGAGGAAUUGAACGGCGAAUGUCGUCGUCGUCGUCGUCGUUUGUGACAGAUAUCGGUGCUACGGUGACGACGACAUGGUGCAGCGCGCGGUCGCGCCUCGGCGCAACGUACGGAUACUGUUGAUCGGCGAGCGCGGCGUCGGCAAGACCUCUCUGAUAUUGUCGCUGGUCAGCGAGGAAUACGCCGAGGAUGUGCCGAGCAAGGCCGAGGAGAUCACGAUACCGGCGGACGUCACGCCGGAGCAGGUGCCGACCCACAUAGUCGAUUACUCAGCUGCGGAGCAAACGGACGACCAAUUGGCGGAGGAGAUUCAAAAGGCCCACGUGAUAUGCGUCGUCUAUUCUGUGGAUGACGAGGACACCUUGGACAGAGCGGCCAGUUACUGGCUGCCGCUGAUCAGAAGAUGCUCGUCUGAUAAUCGGUGCCCGGUUGUGCUCGUGGGCAACAAGAUUGACCUCGUGGAUUAUUCUACUAUUGAAGCGGUGUAUCCCAUCAUGAAAGAAUUCACAGAGAUUGAGAGCUGCAUAGAGUGCUCGGCGAAGACGCUCCAGAAUGUUUCCGAGACAUUUUAUUACGCACAAAAGGCGGUCCUGCAUCCUACCACACCUUUGUACAAUUACGACAUGCAGGAGCUAACGGAGGAAUGCAAAACUGCUCUACAGCGAAUUUUUAAAAUAUGCGAUUUAGACAACGACGGGCUGCUGAACGACAUGGAAUUGAACGCGUUCCAACAGUGGUGCUUCAACACGCCGUUGCAGCCGCAAGUGCUGGAGGACGUGAAGGCGGUGCUGUCGAAGAACAUCUGCGACGGCAUCUGCAACGGAUGCGUCACCAUGAAAGGAUUCAUGUACUUGCAAUGCUUGUUCAUACAACGCGGGAGGAACGAGACCACCUGGGCCGUGCUGAGGAAAUUCGGAUACGAUAAUGAGCUGCAGAUGUCGAAGGAAUACAUUCACCCUCUGUUGAAGGUGCCGCUCGGCUGCACCACCGAGUUGUCGCACAAAGGCCAAGAAUUCCUGACGUUGCUCUUCAUGCAGCACGAUCGCGACCGCGACGGUGCUCUUUCCCCUUUGGAGAUGGACUCGCUGUUCUCGCGUUGCCACGUUCCGCCCUGGGGCGACGAGUACAAGUACACAGUACCCACCAAUGAGAAGGGUUGGAUAACGUUCCAAGGAUACAUGUGCCAGUGGGCAUUGCUGACGCUGACGAACGUGCGCAGAACCUUAGAGUAUAUGGCGUAUCUGGGCUACAACAUGUAUAACAACGAGUGUCAGACAAGCGCGGUGGUUGUCACCCGCGAGAAGAAGGUGGAUCUGGCGAAGAAGCAGUCCAGCAGGAACGUUUACACCUGUCACGUGAUAGGCCCGAAGAGUAGCGGGAAAACUACGUUAUGCAGGACUUUCAUCGACCCGAAACUCGAGAAAUUGAGCGAUCAGGCGGUACCGUCGAAUGCUCACAUCACCGUGAACACAUUGCACGUGUACGGGCAGGAGAAGACUAUAGUGUUGAAGGAUAUAAACGUGUUGAACGUCCAGGACGCGUUGACUCCGGCGGAGAUACAGUGUGACGCGGCCGCCCUCGUCUACGACGCCAGUAAUCCGAAAUCGUUCGAGUACAUAGCGCGCAUUUACAUCAAGUACUUCGCCGACAGUAAGAUCCCUGUGCUGGUGAUAGCGAACAAAAGUGACCUUUCGGAGGUGAAACAGUGUUAUCUGUUGCAACCGGCCAGCUUCUGCAGCAGAUACAAGCUGAUGCCGCCGCAACCAUACAGCAUCUCCCGCACGGUUCGACGCGAGAUCUUCGUCAAGCUGGCCACGAUGGCGGCUUUCCCCCGCUUUCAAGGAGCGUGGGUAUUAUUUUACCGAGACAGGCACAUAAACCAGUUCGGCCUAAUGCAAGGGGACUCCAUGGUCUGGUGGAAAGCAGGACUGGGGAUCGCAAUCGCCACCGUCGCUGGUUACGUGAUGAUGCGCGUGUUGAAUACGGAAAAGAGAUAGUCUACCACAUAUUCUCGUGCUACUUCUGCGUGUUUAACUGCCUCCCGUUGUCGAGUAAAAAAAGAAGAGAAAACCGUAUAUUAAGUAAUCGCGUUGAAUAGAGAUUGGGUAUGACAUACAUACAUACAUACAUGCAUACAUACAUACAUCAUACAUAUAUAUAAAUAUAUAAAUAUAUAUAUAAAUAU